AUGGAUGAUGGGAUUGAGAUCACUCAAGCUCCCAAGCUCCAACAACCACCAAUGAGCGCCAUGGAUGUGGAUGUGCAAGCUCUAUGUGUGGAGGGUGGCGAUGCUGGUAGGAAUGACCAAACUACAGGAGAACAUGAACAUGCUAUUGAUGCCUCUAUUGAUAAAGAUGAUGCUAGCCCGCUUGUUGGAAAGAAAAAGAAAUACAUGGGUGUAGACCAUCGUGUAGUCAAACAACGAACCAUUACUCCUACAAGCAAGUCUAGGACAUCGAAAGAUAUUGUUUUAGUGCAAACACUAGCAAAAGUUGUGCAAGGUGCAGACGCAAGUGCAAGUACAAGCGUGGCUGCAACAAACAUAGGUGCAAGUGCCCAAUGCCAAGGAAGUGUUGGAGACAAUGAAUGCAACAAAUAUUAGCAAGUGUUUGAAAAAAUUCUAUGAUGUCACAUUGCUUUUUUCCGGCACUUCAUAUCCUACUGCAAAUCAUUUCUUUCGAAAGUUUUCUGAGAUUAAGAUGGCUAUUGCAAGAUGGUGUGAUAGUAGUGAUCUGGUAAUUUGCACAAUGACAUUUUCUAUGAGACACAAGUUUGAUAAAUAUUGGGAAAUGAACAAUUUAGCUUUGGUAGUGGGAGCAUUUCUUGAUCCUAGAUACAAACAUAGGAUGAUUGAGCUAUAUAUGUCUAAGAUGUAUGGCAGUGAUAAA